GCAUGCGCAGAGGGGCGAGCUCGCUGACAGAUUCUGGGAGGCAGCGACAGCGGCGGAGGCCCUGGACUGCGGGGAAUGGGAGCCUUAGAGCCCUGACUGAGCACCGCCCCCGCCUCCCUAUCCCCGACAUGGCUCAGGAGAAGAUGGAGCUGGAUCUGGAACUGCCUCCGGGUACAGGCGGGAGCCCGGCGGAGGGCGGCGGCAGUGGCGGCGGCGGGGGCCUCAGGAGGUCUAACAGCGCCCCCCUCAUCCACGGCCUCAGUGACACUUCGCCGGUGUUCCAGGCCGAGGCGCCGAGCGCUAGGCGGAACAGCACAACGUUCCCGAGCCGCCACGGCCUCCUGCUACCGGCCUCCCCGGUCCGCAUGCACAGCAGCCGCUUGCACCAGAUCAAACAAGAGGAGGGCAUGGACUUGAUCAACCGAGAGACGGUCCACGAGCGCGAGGUGCAGACCGCAAUGCAGAUAAGCCACUCCUGGGAGGAAAGUUUCAGUCUGAGUGACAACGAUGUGGAGAAGUCCGCCUCCCCAAAGCGCAUCGAUUUCAUUCCGGUGUCACCAGCACCGUCACCCACCCGGGGAAUUGGAAAGCAGUGUUUUUCACCAUCCUUGCAAAGUUUUGUGAGUAGCAAUGGAUUGCCUCCGAGCCCUAUUCCCAGCCCAACUACUCGAUUUACCACUCGGCGAAGCCAGAGUCCCAUCAAUUGCAUUAGACCAAGUGUUCUUGGACCGUUGAAAAGAAAAUGUGAAAUGGAAACUGAGUAUCAGCCAAAGAGAUUUUUCCAGGGCAUCACCAACAUGCUUUCUUCUGACGUUGUACAGCUGUCAGACCCCGGUGUGUGUGUAUCUUCGGAUACCCUUGAUGGAAACAGCAGCAGGGCGGGAUCUUCUUGUAACUCACCAGCGAAAGGCAGCACUACCACCGACUCUCCUGUGUCACCUGCCCAAGCGGCCUCUCCCUUUAUUCCAGUAGAUGAACUUUCAUCUAAGUGAUUCAACCAUCCUGAAACUGUUUUUUUUGUUUGUUUGUUUGUUUGUUUGCUUGCAAGGGAAAGACAAAAAAAAAAGCAAGUUGGAGCAAGCACUGAACUUUAUCGAUUAAUUUGAGACUAUUUCCUAUUUGAUCCCUGUCCUUUUUUUGGAAUUUCCUGAAAUGUUACUCUAGAGAACUUCUAUGUCAGGUUCCUGCAGAUGCCCUUGAUUUCAGUGUAGUAAUAUUUUCAGACUUCUUCCAAUAAGUGUGUUGAAGCAUACAUUUUACGCUGCUAAUAUGUCUAAAUACAUAUGUUAUCCCUUGAUUUUUUUAAAUAAUUGAGAGCUCUAUUUAUUUAUAGGAUUAUUAAGUUCUGAUGAAAAUAUAAAUGUUGAAUUAAUCAGUAUAGUAAACUGAUGUUUUACAAUUUCAUAUUUCAUGGCCACACUAAUUUUAAUGUUAUUUUCAGCGAUUUCUAAUUUCCAUUUAAGAAAAAUAACUUAGCUAUUAACAGCUUUUAUAUAUAAAAACAGCUUUUAUAUAUAAAAAAAUGUUAUAUCAGUCCAGUGGUUGUCUACCCAGGAAUUCUUGGAUUUUUAAUUUUCUGGGUACAAAAGUGGAUGGGAGGGGAAAUGAUAAAAGAACAAAUUAUAAAAGUUUGCAACAGGUCUUUUAAAUUCAGUGUAUAGAAGUAAGCAUAUUUAAGAAAAAAUGUUUUCUAAUGAAACUUUAAUAAUUCUGCUAUACAGAAAGUGAAAUUUUCUUUUUAAAAAUAUUUUUAACCAGAAAGUGCAUUCUCUUAGGGUAUAAUCCUAAAGUGCAAUGGGACAGUGCCUUGCAGUCUGAGCUCACUGUGUAUAGGCUGAGGCAAGGCUCUUUGUACCAUUUCAGAUUUAAAAGUUUUUCAAAUGUAGUUGUGUGGGAAGCUCUAUUGAAUUUAAGCAAAGCACUCAGGCAGACAGUACUCUUUCAGUCACAGAUAUACCUUAACCUACCCAGUCGUGCCUCAGUUCUCAAAAAUUCCUGCCAGUGAACCAGAGCAAUUUUGGGCUGCUUUUCUGCUCUGCCCAUUUGUCACCUGCUUGGUUUUCUCUUGCUCAGGAAGGAAGCAGCUGUUUCCUUGCCAAUAGGUCUUUUCUUUCCACCUCCCACCAAACUAGGGCACCAUCAGUUAGACAAAGGUACAGUGUGACUUGGGUUUCUGACUGAGCAACAACAGGUCUGUGAGUUGUUUAACCUCUGUGGUUAAAGCUACAGCUGGAGUUGAUAUCCUUGGGGAUGUUGGUUAAUUAAGGACUGAUGAUUUGCAAGAGAAAAGCAGUGGAGAGUCACAUAGGUAAAUCAUUAUUUUACUUAUGUUUGUUAAAGGUAGAAUUGUUUAAUGCUUUUUCCUUUGUCUCUUACAAGUAAGACAAAAUAAUAAGACUAGCAAAUGACUUUAUAUUAUACUUUCUUACGUCUUAUCUAUCUUAGAUAGUUAGGGCAAGCAGACAAAAAGGGAGGGGGUAAAAAAAAUUUAAAAGAGCAAGACCAAAACCCCAACUUACUUCUUAAAGUUAUUGCCUACCGAGACUUUAACAGUUAUGUGGAAUUUUUACAACUAUGAGAAUAAAUGGAACUGGUCAGCUCUUACAGUUGCCUCAAGUUUCAGUGACAUCAAGGGUAAGAUUGUGUCCAUACAUUUACAAUUUUCUUUUCUGGGUGAUAGUGUUCAUGUGCUUCAGUCCUGACAGUGUUUCUCAAUUCAGACCUAUAUAUCCAGUUUCCUUUUGGGCAUCUUGACCUCCUUUAACCACAGGUACUUUAAACUAAUCACCUUCUAAACAAAUUAUUAUCUCCACACUUAAUUUCUUGUAAUAGCUAGUGAUGCCAUCACUGUCUUGUUUCCUAAACUAGAAACCAUGCAAGCAUAUGUGAGUUUACAUUUUCUGUAUGUGUCACAGCUAUCUUAACCAUCAAAUCCUAUCAUCUGUUUCUAUAAUGAAUCUCAAAUCCAUUUCUGUUGUUGUUUUAGUUUAAAUUCUUACCUAGAUGAUCUUCCUGUUUCCUGCCUCUCUUUUGGGCCAUUCUUCACACUGGCUCUGGAGUGAUCUUUCUAAAAUAUAAAUUUGAUUUUUUUUCCAAUUCACCUACUUGAAAACAUACGUGCUUCCACAUUUCCUAUAGUUGAGGGACUGAUUUGUGUGUCUGUGUGUGUUUCCCCUGGGCUAUAAAGACCUUCAUGAUAUGUAUUUGACCAUAUUCUAGAAUGAUGUCGGGCCUCUCAUCUCCAUGUGAAUUCCCAUUCUUUGAUCUUACUUAACAAACCCUGGACUACUUGUUAUUCUUUGAAUGUGUCCUGUAGUAGGUAUUCUUUAAAUAUGCCAUGUAUCUAUGUUUUUCGAUAGGUUAUUCCUUCUUCCUAAAAUGACAUUCCUACCUUUCAGUCAAGCAAAUGCUUUUUUUCUUUUUAUUGCAUGUGAAGUUAACUAUUAUGAAAACAAUGCAUACCUACUAAAAUAUUUAAGCAAUAUAGACGCCUAUAUACAUGGUUUUUAAAAAUCUACCUUUUAUUAUGUAAAAAUUCAUCCUUUCUCUUAGGUAACUUUUGUUGACAAUUUGAUAUAUAUUGUACAAGAUGUGUUCUGCAUUAUGUGUAUAUAUGUAUAUAAAUGCAGGAAGCCAACAUGUCAUUGACAUCUCUUACCAUAUCUAAUCCCUCACCAAAUCUUAUUGAUUUCAUCUUCUAGAAUCUUCUUUUUAUUUCUACUGCCAACUGAUAUCCAGGCUAUCGAUCAUUUCCUCUUCAGGCUUCUAACUCCCACCUUUGCCUAACACACUCACUUUGUUCAAGUACCUGUUCUCUCUAAAGCAUCUAGAGUUAUCCUCUUAAAAUUGCAGAAGUGAUCUGUCUCCUGGCUUACAGCUUUUUAUUUGCUUCCUGUUUUUCUUAUGCAUAUACUAUAAAGUAUAAAUCCUGGCCUAGGAGGCCCUGAGGAAUCUGGCCCUCACCUCUUCCUCCUCUUGUUUUCUGUGCUCCAACUUCACUGCCUAGUUUGCUUCUUAAAUACAUCAUGUUCUCUCCAAUUUUAUGAGAUCCCUUUCCCUGAAAGCAUGAAAAACUUUAUUUCUGUAUGCUAUUCUUUUAUAUAGAUGGUAAAUUUUAAAUUAGUUGUCUCUAAGAGUUCAUACAAUUUGCAUUAUCAUAGUAUUGUUCAUUACUUUAAUCACUGCUCAGCUCAUGUAAAAUUGUCCCUCAGAAACCUUUUUAUGAUAUCAAUAUUGCUAAACUAUAAACUUUGUGCAAAAAAGUCCAUAACAUUUAAAGUACAGUUUGUCAUAUAUAAUAAAAUUCUGUGGUAUAUUUUUCAUUCUUAUGUCCAUUAAAAACAUAGUGUAAAUGGAAGAAAUAAUUAACAGUCACUAUAUCUAAGUCUGCCAGAACUUUAAGUGUACUUAAAAGAUUGUAAUUAAGAGUAACCUAUAUCAGGUUGCCUUCUAGCGAUUCAUAUUAGUUCAGCCCACUACCAGUAUAUAGCUACAGUAAGAGAUCACAUGAGAUACUUGGCCGUAAAAUGGGUUAAGAAUCAAAACUUAGGAAGGAAAUCAAACAGAGAACUUUUUUUUUUCCCUGUAGGUGUGUUUAGUAUGAACAUUCAAAUGAGCUAGACGGUAAGAAUUGGUUGCCAGACAGUGAGCUGAGGAAGGUGUUGUAACCUCCAAUUCCUGGGUAACAUCAGAGAAUAGAAAAACGUGUUGGCCUUAGAAAGGAGGAAUGGAACUUUUUUUUUUUUUUUUUUU